AAUAGAAAUAUAUCGGUUUAGAAAUUACAGUAAGUGUCAUUAAGGGGACACGCCCCCCCCCUCCUCCUUCUUCUUUGGCACCCUUCACGCCAUCCCUGACACACCGUGAAGAGAAUCGCACGUGUUGUUACGUGAGUGGCGGGAGAAAAGUUCAUUGAAGGAAGGAAGUAUGGCUGCCGAACAUCGUCUGCUGUCUAGUGUUAUCUCUCGGUAUAUUUUUCACCGUACCAUUGGAGAGUUAUAGGAAAGUUAUAAAUCUAGAGUUCAACAAAAUUGUAUAUCUACAGAGUGAUUAGGAGUGUGAUAUUUCUAAUAUUUCAGAACAUCCGUUGUACUAAAGAGUUGGCGAUAACCUAAAAAACAUGUGGGUACACUUAACAUGAGUAUGAUUACACUGUUCAAGAACUAAGUACAUUAAUUCUGUCCCCUACCAAGAUUCAGACCUGAUUCUCUGCCAAGGUUUCUCAAUGUAAACAAAACAUUUCGCAAUAAAUGGUGUACUUGUGACACGCGUAAAGUGAUUCUGUUUCUAUCCGUCCAAAGCGUGAAAGAUUGAAUCAUCGCUGUAUCAUAUCAAAAGCAUGACCCCCAAGAGCUACUGUGAUAUAGGGACGUACCCACUGUGUAAACACCCAUGGAGAAACAAGGGCAAGCGGAAGCUGUUCAGGCUCGGAGGCGUCUUCCUCGUCUACAUAGUGGGGAUGAUGUUAAUCACUGUGUUCAGGGCCGUCAACACUGGUGACCAAGGACAGUUUUCAGAUCCCAAUUCUGGAAGUCUGCACCAUCGUGUAAAACGAGACAUUGGAGAUUAUAGCAGAGAAGAAAUCCAAGAAGGUCUACUUGACAACAAUGGCACACGAAAUUGCACGCCGAGGUCUGUGCACAACUUUCCUCCAAACUUCAUGUCCUUUGAUGAGACUCGAGACGGUGGCGUAGUGGUUCAUAUCUUCAUAGCCAUCUACAUGUUUGCAGCCCUGGCAGUGGUCUGUGAUGACUAUUUCGUGCCUUCCUUGGAGCAUAUAUGUGAAGAUUUAGGACUGCAGGCCGAUGUAGCAGGUGCCACAUUCAUGGCCGCAGGAAGUUCUGCCCCUGAGUUCAUGACUUCAGUGGUGGGCGUCUUCUUCGCUGAGAGUGAUGUCGGUGUGGGCACCAUUGUAGGCUCUGCUGUCUUCAACAUCCUUUUCAUCAUCGGUGUUUGUGGAGUGUUUGCUGGUAUGGUUGUUGAGUUGACUUGGUACCCUCUGGUUCGGGACACUCUGUUCUAUCUUCUCUCUGUCCUGGCUUUGUUUCUGGUUAUAAGGGACCAAUCUGUUGAAUGGUAUGAGGCCCUAAUGAUGGUACUGCUCUACGCCGCUUAUAUUGCCAUCAUGUAUUUCAACCGUUUCCUAGAGUCCAACGCAAAAGCUUGGGUCAGCAAGAUGGUGUCCAGGCUGGAACGGCAGCCGCUGAUGAACAAAUCCGCAGACGAACAUAGCGUACCUGAAGAGAUGCAAAGAGCGCGUGCCCACAGCCGUAUCAGCAAUGCGUCCAUGAUAAUGUCCAGGGGAGACUAUGAGAAAUCAUUGCACAGCGAUGACCUCUCGACCAAAGAGCAAGAGACCGCCAUCUUGGAUAGCAGCUUAGAAACGACCACGCCCUCAACGACAUCAUCCAAAAAUGGGGAGUUAAUGACUGUGUCCGAAUAUGAAUCAGUGUGGACGAUACCUGAGGGCAAACUUAUGCUAGCCUUAUGGAUCUUCCUCUGCCCCAUCAAGGCUGUAUUCUUUGUGACCAUCCCUGACAGUCGGCGUCCAGGCCUGUGGUCACGUCUCUACCUCGUUUCUUUCUUUCUCUCAGUGGCCUGGAUUAGCGGUUUGACCUACCUCAUGGUCUGGAUGGUCACCAUAGCAGGUGAUGCCCUUGAAAUUCCUGAUACUGUUAUGGGUUUGACCUUACUAGCUGCAGGAACGAGUGUUCCGGACUGUCUGUCCAGUGUAUUUGUAGCACGAGACGGCUAUGGUGACAUGGCUGUCUCUAACUCCCUGGGAAGCAACGUUUUCGAUAUUUUAAUGUGCCUAGGACUCCCUUGGCUCAUAGAAUGCUCCAUCAAAGCUGGAGGCAGCGUAUCCAUCACCAGCAGUGGACUGACCUACUCGUCCUUGACCUUGUUGGCCACAGUGGCCUUCCUCCUCAUUUCCAUGGGAGUCAACCGUUGGAAGCUGAACGUCAGCUACGGGAUCUUCUGCCUCUUCACCUACCUCGUGGUGGUGGCGCUGUCUUGCUUGUACGAACUGAACAUCUUUGGGGACUUCAACCCCCCAACGUGCGCCAGAGACAAUUAAUGUCAGGACUUCAAGAAACUUUGAGGAAUAAAAGUGAUACCUACGUACAGUGUGAUAUCUUCCUACUCGACUCAGUUUUGGGUGUUGUACUUCAUGUCAUCGAUACGUAGUUAAUUUGAACACGAACGGUCAACGGCUUCUGAUUUAUUCCGCUUCGUUUGGAUUCAAUCUUUUUAUUUUACUGCAUCAGAUUUUUAAAAAAAUGACGAUGGCGGCAUAUUUUAUAAGUUUUUUCUCCUGCUCUGAAUUAUUUUUUUUUUAAGUUCGCAUACAAAUAAUAAUUCUGGAUUUAAAAAAGUGUGAUCCGGUCAUAUUUUGUUUACUAUUUCCAUCUGUUGGUUCUAAAACCUGAUUAUCUUGUUGUUGUUUACAGUGCAAUAACACAAUCAAUAAAUCGUUAAUAAUGUGAUAUGGAGAUGGUCAACAACUUUAAUGUCAUUACGUUUUAUAAGUGUUAAUAAAACAGUUAACAAUAAGUGUUUAUGUUGUAAGAACCAAACUUAAUGUGUAAAUAGUGUUCACAUUCUUUCUAAUUUGUAUAUUUUGGUUAUUUAAUUAGUACACAAGUUUUUUAAACGUAUUUUAUCGAUACUAGUAGUCCGUUAGGCAAUUAAAAUUUUAGGUAUUCUCAAGAGUGCACCUUCCAGUAUUCAUCUGGUUAGUGGGUCCUUUACCAUUAAUUCAUUCAGUAUACCUUACAAGUUACAAUUGGGAGGGCAUAGCCCUGUGUGGAGACAGAUGGCAAAAACGAGAAAACUAUGAAUACAGAAAAAGCAUUAACUUCAGCUCUGGAAGAAAGCGUGUCAAAGAAAAAUGGCUAGUUCCAAAGCCAUAGCCACCUUUACCUGUGGAAGGGAAUGUCUCUCCAAUCAAUGGGGUCUACAGUCAAGUGAAAAGUGCACAACGAGAUGAACCCUAGUCGUUCUACGACACUGAAAGAUACCAAUCUUCAACUACGAAACUAUCAGUAAAGCGUCUUCUUCAAGAAAGAUUAUCAAAUGCUCAUUUAUCGUAUAAAGGAAGAUGAUAAAAUGUGCGCACUGGACUGUUGUUCAGUUAUCUAAAUGGUCUCGGGUUCAUACCCUGCUCGCUGCCACCCUCGUCGUCCUGCGGAAUGUUUUGGACUAGGAAGUAAAUUAUCUUCAAUUCUGAAGGAACAUCCGAAACAUGUAAAACAUCUUGCAAUCGCCUUGAAAAAUCGAUGACAUUUCCGGCAUGAAUAGAUAGGAAUCGUUUCAGCUUGUUUCACAAUAGAUGUGAGGUUCUGUCUUCUUACACAAGUUGGCGAAAGCUAUGUUACAAGUGAAUUAAUCUGAGAGCUCACUACCAUUGAGUCAAACAAAAGAAUAGUAUUGGAAGUAGAGAACAUUUUAUUAUAGCAAAAAAUGAUUUUUUUAUUUUAUUGGAACCCAAAAAAAAACAUAGACAUGUCUAUAUAAACCACAUGUCAUUGUCAACUAUAAUAUCCUCAUCAGUAUGAACCAGAACUAUCAUUAUCUUGUCAUGUAAACAACUGUCCAUUAUAAACUACGCAUCAAUAAAAUAGGCCUACUUGUCAACUGUAACAUAAUACAUUACAUUUUUAACUUGACAUUUAACCUUUCCCUUUUUUUUUAACAUUCUCUCCUCUCUCUCUUUCUUGUAGCAGCAAAACUGUCUAAGGCGUUCUUGAAAAGCAAUUUUCAUUAUAAAACAAGAGAGUGUUCCCUAUCGGAAUACAAGCAAUUCAGAGUCUGUCUUGAAGUGAUCGUUAGAUAAUAUAUUAAUCAUAAGAUUUAUCGUUUAGUUCAUGAAAUUAGAUCUAGAUCUAAUUCUCAAUAGUGUAUUAUACUAGUGGGUUAACAAAGUACUUAAAAUAAUGUACGCAUUUGAAAAAUGUCAUCGACUUAGUACAAAUCUUUAUUUUUAUUUAAACAUUAGGGAAAGCCAUACCACCUUUUAAUGAUUUUUUUUGAAAGACAGACCUUUAAUUGAUAUAUAUAUAUAUAUAUAUAUAUAUAUAUAUAUAUAUAUAUAUAUAUAUAUAUAUAUAUAUAUAUAUAUAUAUAUAUAAAGUCUAUACUACAGAAAAAAAAUAGUGCAUCAUCUUCAAUGCCGUCAAAUUAAAUCUAAAAUGUAAGCAUCUAUAGGACUACAGACUUUGCAUCCAGUAAACGUUUUCCUAAUGAGCACCAUUAUAAUUUCAUAUUUUAAUUAAUUGUACUGUCAUGUUCAUAUUUCGAUAAGUAUUAUUUAACAUUGCGAUAAUUUACUUACAUUUAUUGAUAUGUUGGUUUGACACAAAACUGCAUUGUAUUAAAAAUAAUGUACAUUAAUACGAUCAAAUAUAAACACUCAAGCUUAGGAGUUUUCAAAUAAACAGCAUUUAGACUAGACCCAUGACAAGGGCACAUGAUUUUCAGAAAUCAAAAUGUUCGAAUUUGGACAAAUGUGUUUUAAAAAAAAUGCAUACAGUACUGUAUCUAGACUUGAAAAGACCAUAAUAGAGAUUUGGGGCCCUUUAUAGGCCUAAGCCCAGAUAACAUAUGUCAGUGCUAAUAUUUCGGGAGGAGACGGUCCUGACGGUCAGCUCAUGCUGAAAUAGAUAAAUCUUUCCCUAGAUGCAUGAGCAGUUGAUAUGGAAAGUCGCAAUCAAAAUAUAGUUUGAGAAUCUAGAAUUUGAAACAUAAUAGUGUUAUCAGUUUAUCAAUCAAUCUCUGUAAGUCGUCUGGGCCAUAAAAGUAUUUAUUGAAGUCUGAAAGUGCAUUGAUUCUUAUCAAUAAGUAGCCUCAUAACUUGAUGGUCAUUUUUACAAUUGUGUAUCAUGCAAUGGUGAUGUUUACACUUGUGUAUGAUACAAUGAUGGCGUGAUGUUUGUCCUAAUGUCAUGUAUAAUUUCUACAUUCCUUUACUACUUAAUACAUGAAUGUCUAGCGAGAAACAAAUCAAAAUGUAUCUUUAGAACGACAGUUUUAACAUUGGUCUAUUUGUAUUUUUAUGCAAUGAUCUCGUGAGUCGUGAUAUUGAAGAUUUCUUUCAAAGCAAUAUCAUACAAAAGUAACAUUGUUAAGGCUUAAAGGUUAUUCUGUCAUAAUUAUUUACUUUCAAUUGAUGUACUCACUAUUUUAUAUCAUUUUGUUCCAUAUUCCCUGUGUUGUAUUAUAAUUUAUUUUUUUUUUGUUUUUGUUAGUCCAUAAAUGAUUAAUUGUGAAUCUACAAAAUCUACAUACUCUUUAUCACAAUGAAUAUGCACAUGUUUUUUUUUCUUUGUGCUUAUCUAGUCAAUAAAACUUAGUCAUUUUGCUAAAAGUUAAAAUGUGGAGGGUAAUUUUAUAUAGUAAUUCUAACUUACAAUCCGAAAGUUCAUGAAACACUUAGGACGUAAUUAUCUUCUGUUUUGAUGUAACGUCUCUAAUUUAUUAGAUAACUUUUGUAGUAGAAAUUGUCUAACUGUACGUCAUACAGACUGUCAGUGGACACAAUUUGAUGCUGUUAGACUGUCAGUGAACACAAUUUGAUACUGUUAGACUGUCAGUGGACACAAUUUGAUGCUGUUAGACUGUCAGCGGACACAAUUUGAUGCUGUUAGACUGUCAGUGGACAGACACAAUUUGAUGCUGUUAGACUGUCAGUGGACACAAUUUGAUGCUGCUAGACUGUCAGUGGACACAAUUUGAUGCUGUUAGACUGUUGGAUGUAACUCUGUAUUUGCUAUCCUGGUUCCAAGGUCUCACUUACAUUUUAUGGAUUCUUCUGUUGUUUUCUUGUCUCUGGUAAUGAGUGUUUUAGUGCCAAUGCCUUUGUCUACUUUAACAUUAUUGUAGUACAGUAUUGUAGUUCACAAAUGUCGUUUGAUAACGAUGCAAUACUUCUUGUAUUUUAUGAGUUCUAUGGUUUGCAUGAAAUAGAGUCACGUGAUCUAAGAUUUCAUCAAUCACUUGUGACUUUUCUUGUCAUCUGUAUUACACAUUUAGCAAUGGGAAGUAACCCAAUAUCAGGUUUCAAAUUAUCACUUUUGUGUGUGAGUAUAGUGUUGUCUCCCCUUCCAAUUAUAUCGCUUCCGGCACUUCCUCUACCGGGUCUACCGUUGGCUUAUUUUUAAUUAAGCAGUCAAACUGAAGGAAACAUAAAAUUAAAACAAGUUUUGUCUUUCUCAAGAACCAUGUGUAUAACUCUAGCAUUUGUAUCCGUGUCUAGUCAUUAAUAUUAUUGUACGAUUAAGAAAUCUAAACUUUAACUUAGCUAUUUAUUUUUUUAAUGUUUGAGUGUUUCCUAAUUGUUUUGUAAGUGAAAUGUCAUGAAAUGAACGCGUAUAUUCAAUUCUUUGUUCAUAUUGCUAGACAAAAAGACACGAGUAGCUAGAAGUCAUUCAUAUGUUUGGGUUUGUAAAAACAAUGUGAUGAAAUAAAUAGAGUUAUGUAAGAAA